CGCACGGAGGAAGGCGCUUGGUGUCCGCGUUUCCAUAUUUUGCGGAUCAGGACAACAGCCUGCCGGAGUUCCCGUAGGAUUAAACGCACGGAUCGCAGUAAUCCGCCCUGAAACGAGCGCUGGCCGGCGGGAGGAGCUUCAGGACCCGGCAGGUUUGGGGUUGGCUUGGAGUUUUCCUCGUGGAGUCUUAGCGUGACGCAUGCGCCUUCCCCCUCCUUGUUUCUCCAUCCCCACCGCACUGAGGGCACUUGAAGCGUUACCUGCUUAAAGGCGCCGCUGGCUGUCAUACACAGAAGCUUAGUGAUAGAGGUUCUUUCCUCAUCUCCCCCUAAAACAGAAAGUUUUAAAAGGAAAACAAACAUUGUGUUAUACUAAUGAAAGAGGCGGAACUGUGAGAUAAAUCUAGAAAUAAUUCUACGGGGAGGGAUUAGAUCCAAUUACGAGGAAUAAGAGCGUGUGCUGCUGCUAAAGAUGCGGAAACUACAGAAGCUGUCGAAGUCUGGAUUUUGAUCCAUGAGGGUUGUAUUCGUGAGCGAGGAGCAGCAUGUCCAAGUUUAAGAGUAAACAUGUUCGAAGUUGGACUCAAAGGACAUGAAGUUUUUUUGCGUGGGAUGUCCUCCGUGCUAUGAAUCGACUCAUUCUCUUUCCACUCCUCGGGAUUUACCGGUUUUCUUUGGAGCCUAACCACCAUGUCAAAAGUCAUUCAGAAGAAGAACCACUGGAUAACAAAAGUGAACGAGUGCGCGGUCAUCCGGGACGAGAAUGGGGAGCUGAAUGUGGAGCUGCACGGUGGAGCGGAGAAUGGAGAGUUUGCAUACAUUGGACAGAUCAGAGAGGAUGCUGUGGUUUAUCAGGACGGGAAACUGUCUGAGGGAGAACUGCUUCUUGAAGUUGAGGGGCUGUCAGUGUCUGGAUUACCUCUUUAUGACAUCUACACUGUAGUCAACUGCUGCAAAGGACCUGUCAGGUUAAAAACUGUUCGACAAGGUUUCGUCAGAUGGAAGAAAGCCUUAUCUAAAUCAAAGCAGCUUUGCAGGAACCACCUUUCCCUAUUUGUUAUUCUCGUCACUGUUAAGAUAUUUGAAGUCUGCUCCAUUUCUGGUGUUCUCAAUUAGCCACAGUGUGCAAAGGAAAGAAGAUCCCAGCACUGAAUGACUGAGGUGGUGUAAAGAGGUUUAAAGACCAGCGGUGUUUUGCAGCUGUUUCAGUCAAACGUACAUCUAUGUAUUUUAAAAUACAGAGGAAAUAUAAAGAAUGCAUCUCUCAGCAAAAUCCAUGUGUUUGGUAUCUUAGCAAGGAUCACCCAGAGGAUAGUUACUUGUUCACUGGUUCUUUUGUUUUUUGACACUAUUACAUAUUUUAGUUCUGUUUGAACACAGAGCCACAUUGCAAAACAGCUUUGAGGUAAUAACCUAGUCCAAGUCUAGGUUUAAUCUGGUAAAUGUAAGAAUUGUAUACAGCUUCAAAGAGGAUGUGAUAUUUUAUUAAUACUAGGGCUGCACAAUAUUAGAAAACGUUGUGAUGGCAAUAAUGUUGGUAUCGCAAUAUCAGUCAUGAUAUGUGAAUUUUCUUCUUCUCUUUCUCAUCAUUACUUCCAUCUCUCUGUGACCUUUAGCAUUUUGGCAAGUUGUUUUUGUGUCCAGUUGAGUAUCUGCUGCCAUCACAUUCUGUCCAACUAUGUUGUGCAGCCUUAAUUAUUAUUUUUAUUUGUGUUCAUGAUAAAAUAAUAAUAAUAAAAAUAAAAAAAAAACAUUUUUCCCACAGUUAUUUCUGUUAGUGUACAUUUUUCUUGUUUCAAUCCCCAUCACAGAAACAUCCUUUGUCAAAGACCAGACUUGACUGCAGGCCGAACUAAUGGCUUCUUCCAUUGCCUUCUUCCCAGCCCGUCCUUAAACCACAAACUCUGACCCUAAUUGAAGCAAGUGGGGCCUUUAGAUGAUCUUGCUUCUUUUGUGUAUUUUAGUAAGCCGACCACUCUUAGGAAAGCUAACCACUGUUCCAUGUUGUCUUUGCCUGUGAAUAAUGGUUCUCAUUGAAAACAACCUGGUAGUUUUUUAGAUUGUUUUUUCAUAACUUACUUCAUGUAGUAAAAUGUGUUUUAUUUAAUUGAUUCACUAUUUGUAAAGGUGUCCUAAAACACUCCA